UGGUAUCGAUUGCGAAGUAAUUUACUAAUCGUAAACCAAGUCGAAAUUCUGUUAUCUUGCCAAAAUAGAAGAAAAAAGCACAAUCGAAUUGCGAUAAUGGAAAUACCCGUACAGUUUAGUAGAGACGCAACUCAGUGUGCUGUGUGUCGUCUUUUGACUAUUUUAUACUUCAAUCCGAAUUAUCACAUCAGUUUUACUUUUUAAAAGUGGCGUGAAGACGUUGUUUAGAUAAACCCCGAUUUUUUCCCGUCAAAAAGUGAUUUUGAUCGUGGAAAAUUGUUCCAGUUAUUUGUUAACUAGUAAAAGGUUGUGCCAGUUGAACGAAAUAUCACACUUCAUUGUUUUUUCCAAACUAGUUUGAUACUUUUUCUACAACUCCAACUUUUAAUUCAAUUGAAUUCAGUUCAGAGCUGCGUGGACCGUUGUUUCAUCCCUCAAUUUUGUCGGCAGUGACAGUGCUUUUGCAUAAUUUUGCCAAUGAACCCGAAUUUUUCAAUCAAAUUCGUUUCAUCGUGUAAAAAUAAGCGCGAGUCUUAACUAGGUCAAUAUGAGCUUAGUGAAACUGUGUUUAUUCGUUUUUUGUGUGUGUGCAAUUCAGUGCGGCGAAUCAAAGUAUUCUCCGCAGUUUGAGAAGAAUGGCGUGAAUGCGGAUUUCCGUAUUAUUGGCGGCAAGCCGGCGAAAGCUGGUGAAUUUCGUGGACAAGUAUCGCUUCAAAAUCGCUUCUAUGCGCACAUUUGUGCUGGAACAUUGAUUGAUCCAUUUCACAUUGUGACGGCGGCGCAUUGUCAUCAAAGACAGAAACCGAUUGGUUACGUGAUGGGUGAUGAUUUGACGGUGACGUUGCAUGGAAAUGAGACGCGACAACGAAGAAAAAUCGUGCAUUUCGUUCCACAUCCAGAAUUUUCGAGGGAAACAUUUCAAAAUGAUAUUGCUGUCAUUCGUGUCGAUGAACCAUUUAAAGUGACUGAAACAUUUGGUCCGAUGCAUCGUUCGAAUAGUACACCGACGAAGGGCAUUCGCUGUACAGUCGUCGGCUGGGGAUACACAUCAAAUAGUGAAGACAGCGAUAUCUCUUACAAUUUACUGAAAACCGAUGUUUUUGUUAUCGACAUCAACUUCUGCAACAGUUCAUUCUCGUAUGAAGGCGCCAUGAAACCGGGCAUGUUCUGUGCCGGAAGAACGAAAGGAGGUGGCCAUGAUGCAUGUCAGGGUGACUCAGGUGGUCUUUUAACCUGCGCUCCGCGAACACUAUCCGGUGUUAUUUCGUUCGGAAAUGAGUGUGGUUUGCCUAAUUUUCCAGGGAUUUACUCAGACGUUUCAAUGUACAAAGACUGGAUCGAUAAGAUUUUGAUAACGAAAGAUUUGCCAGAAUAUGAAUUUUCGCCAUUCCCAAAACCACAUUUAGUAUACGAAAUGAAUAAAGGAAACAGUGCCGCGACGUCCAGUGUUACUACCGCAGUUGCGAUACUUUCUGUGAUUUUAGCGAUUUUAUCACAUUGAACUUCAAAUAAUUUAGGCAAUUUUUUUUACAGUGCACAUUGAAAUUACCUGGACAACUUUUAUAUAUUAAAAACGAUUUAGAAAAAAAAAAACAAAUCUAGUUUUAAGUGAAUUUUGAUUCAACAAACUGACAUUUGAGUUUAUGGUCUGUUUUGCCACCUUUUCCACACAAAAAUUCAGAAAAAUAUAUAAUCGAAAAGUCAUCGACAUUAUGUUAACAUUAUUUUCUUUUGUAAUUCAUUUCAUUGAUCCCAUUCCCUAUCAUUCAACUAUUAUUUUCUCAUCAUAAAGAUUGGACGGCUAGCAACAAUCGAUGGCAUUUUUUUUUACCAUAUUUCAAGUCACAAAUCUUGAAUCGGUUACAAAAAUUAUUUUUGAAGUCACAAAUAUUGACUCUUUUUUUUCAUUGGCUUAUCAACAUGAAUUGAUUCAAAAAACUUGUGAUUAUCACUGCCGUUGACUACCUGUCAGGUACCUGAGACUCGUUAAUAUUUUGUGGUUCAACAACAAAUCUCUGUUUGAACCAAAAUUGUUUUGGCUGAUAAGAUUUCGAAUAAGUGAUUGUAAUCAAUUGUCAAUACGACGGUAACAAGUUAUUUCAAUUGCCUCAACAACGAUUAAUUCAAAACUUGUUUUUGUUGUUAUAUUUUUCUAAUCAAUACUUGGAUCGUCCGUAGAUUUUAUAUUGGAUAAGGCGUGAUUUUGUCAUAGAAAACGGUUGCUUCAGAAAUUCUCCAAAAAAUGAAAAAAACCCGCCAAAAUUUUCAUAAAAUCGUCCAAAAAAUAUUACAAAAAAUCCCAUAAUUGUUGGACGAUUUUCUCUUAUUUUGGGCUAUUUCGAAAAAAAUAUUAUAAGAACGUCCAAAUCUGUUUUCGUCUCCUAUUUUGAAACUCGAAUUUUGCCAAAAAUAUUUUGAAAUUCGUCCGAAACAUUGCGAAAAUCUCCCAAAUUUCUCAAAAAUUGAAUUUCACGAAAAAAGCCUACCUUUUCUCCACAGAGAGUCAAGAAACAAAUGGUAAAUAGAAAGAAUUGUAUGGUUUUAAAUUGAUUUGACUUUUUUUUUUAAAUUCCGUAGUUCAAUUGAAAUAAAUUGUGCAAAUGAAUAUACAACACAAAACACAGAAAAUUUGCAAAUUAAUUUUAAUUAAAUAUUACUGUUUUAAUGAUAAAUAGGUCAAUUUGUAGGUAGUUGCAAUUGCUCUCGAUCUUGCCUGACCGAUUUUUGAUAUUUGAUCCGGUUUCAUAGUCACACACCACUGAAAACGACUUCAAAAUUUUACAUAAUGAACUUUUGCUGAGUGAUUUUUCUUCACUGUUUUUUUGCCGUUCUUGGAAUUGGUUGAAGCUGUUUCUACGUGUUGUCCAUUUUCAAGAAACAAUGUCUAAAUCCUGCGAGGAUGCUCUUAGAGCUCGUCCAUCAACAGCCGACCAUAAAAAAUUGUUUGAGCUUUUUGCAAACAAAAUCUUGAACAAAUGUAUUUGUAAUGUAUUUUAUUAGAGGUGAAAGUUUUUGUUUAUAUACAAUAUUUAUAAAGCUUUCAUUUUAUGAGUUUCAGUCUUGUGACCUUUUAGCGCCACCCAUUGCACCACACUAACAAAACAAA